UUCCUCUGUCUGUCCAUGUCUCUAGCUGGAGCUGGCUUAAUCUGAAUAUCUGGACAUAAACAUAACUCAGAUCUGGCACUGGAGUUUCUUACAGUUGUUCACUGGCAGGGUUUAAGACCCAGACGCACAAAAAAACUGUCCUUUUUCACUGGUUUAAGCAGAAAGGAUUUUCCUGGAAUUAUACAUUUGACUGUUGGGAUUACGUUGGACUUCAUAUGUGUGACUCCUGGGGAAUGUGGAUUUUUGCUGCUUUUGCUGUUGCAAGACAACUAUCAUCAUGUGAGAAGUGAAUGAGAGAAGCAAGAAUUAAGCAGACUUAUCAAACUAACAGUUUUUGUUCACACUGACUGAAAUUCCCUUAAAACAGGAAAAGAUGUCGAGGCCACCUUCCUCCCAGACCACUCCUCAGUUCUACCGGGUCAGCGAAAGAGAUCUCACCGAGAUUGAGCUUCAUUCUGUGGACUCCAUCAAUGACCUCCACCGAACACACCCUGAACACAGCCACAAAGGGAUGAGGCCUCCUCGCCCUGCGUACAUACCCUCUCCGAACGGGAACCUGUAUACACAUGACACAACAUCUGUCAAUCAUAUAAGCCACCCACCCAGCAGCAAAUGGCAGAGUCGUCUGCAGGAUAUGUUGACACCAAGUUCAUCGCGUGCCUACACCAUGGGCUGUGCUAUUAUCACACUACUUCUGUUGACAGUGUUGCUCAUCUUCUACUUCUUAGUCCAGCAGGGCGGCGCCAUCCGGAUGCUGACAGAGGCAGUGAGGGAGAAGGAAGCUGCAGCCACAGAGUUAUCGCUGCUGAUCCAAGAACUUCAGGCUCUGAGACUAAACCUGACAGCCAUGAGAGGAGGAAAAUGA